AGAGUUCUGGGAGGAAAAAAGGGAGCGUGUUUAUAGCGGUGCAUUAGGGGAAAGGUUUAGGUCAACCAGGGGUUUGCUUCUCCGCUUGAGCAGGGAGGCGUCUCUAGAAGUCGCCAAGAGAAGGAAGCCCGGAGGAGGGGGAGGAGGAGUAGCAUCAAAAGCAGCAGCAGUGGCAGGAGGAGGAAGCUCAAUGGGGUCGAAUGCGACGAACUGGAAGCUGGAGGCGCAUCCAAACAUGCCCAAAGGCAAGAUUUUGGCCAUGAUUGUGUUGGACGGAUGGGGGGAGCAAAUCAAGGACGAGUACAAUGCGAUCCAUGUCGCUCCCACUCCAUGCAUGGAUUCGUUCCGCGAGACUGCCCCCGAUCGGUGGAGACUUGUCAAGGCGCAUGGACCUGCCGUCGGCCUUCCAACCGAGGAUGACAUGGGAAAUAGUGAGGUUGGUCACAAUGCUUUGGGAGCGGGACGUAUUUUUGCUCAAGGUGCGAAGCUCGUCGACUCGGCUAUUGCAACCGGGAAGCUGUUUAAGGGAGAGGGGUUCAAUUACAUCAAGGAGGCUUUUCCUACUGGUACCCUCCAUCUCAUUGGAUUGUUGAGUGAUGGUGGUGUCCAUUCUAGAUACGACCAGCUUCAGGGUUUGAUGAAGGGGGCCGUGGAAAAUGGCUGCAAGAGACUUCGUGUGCAUGCUCUUACGGAUGGACGUGAUGUUCUUGACGGGACGAGUUUUAAGUUUUUGGAGAUGCUAGAGAACGAUUUAAAGGAACUACGUGAGAAGGGGUGCGACGCCCAAGUUGCAUCUGUUGGUGGGCGUAUGUACGUGACCAUGGACAGAUACGACAAUGAUUGGAACGUCGUGAAACGAGGCUGGGAUGCUCAAGUGUUGGGCGAAGCUCCUCAUAAGUUCACGAAUGCACUUGAAGGGCUGAAGAAGCUCAAAGAAGCGGACCCCAAGUUCAAUGACCAGUACUGUCCCGCGUUCGUCAUCGUUGACGAGGCGGGCAAACCCGUUGGACCGAUAGUUGAUGGUGACGCCGUUGUCACCAUCAACUUCCGUGCCGAUCGGAUGAUCAUGCUUGCAAAGGCUUUGGAGUGGGAGAAGUUCGAUAAGUUUGAUCGUGUUCGUGUUCCAAAGAUUCGGUACGCGGGCAUGCUACAGUAUGAUGGCGAGUUGAAACUUCCCACGAAGUAUUUAGUUGAUCCCCCGGAAAUUGAGAGAACCUCUGGUGAGUUUUUGGUAAAGAACGGCGUCCGGACUUUCGCUUGCAGCGAGACUGUGAAGUUCGGGCAUGUUACAUUUUUCUGGAACGGAAACAGGUCUGGCUAUUUUGAUAGCAAGCUGGAAGAGUAUGUUGAGAUUCCUAGCGAUUCUGGCAUUACUUUCAACGAGCAGCCAAAGAUGAAAGCCUUGGAAAUCGGUGAGAAGGCGCGGGACGCCAUUCUCAGCAAAAAGUUUGAUCAGAUAAGGGUUAAUUUACCCAAUGGUGACAUGGUUGGUCACACUGGAGAUCUCAAGGCGACCAUUGUGGCUUGUGAAGCGGCCGAUAAGGCUGUUAAGCUCAUGGUUGAUGCUAUUGAACAAGUUGGCGGAAUUUUCGUGAUAACCGCUGACCAUGGAAACGCGGAAGACAUGGCAAAGAGGAACCCCAAAACUGGGGAGCCUAUCAAGGACAAGGACGGAAACAUUCAAAUCCUCACAUCUCACACCUGUGCUCCGGUUCCAUUUAUUAUCGGCGGGCCUGGAUUGGCAAAAGAGAUAAAAUUGAGGAAGGAUUUGCCUACGGCAGGACUUGCAAACGUUGCCGCGACGGUGAUGAAUUUGCAUGGUCUUGUAGCGCCAUCGGACUAUGAGCCUUCUAUGGUCGAGUGGGUCAAGUAACCAUAUUAACCCCCUUGAUUGGACAAAUGAGAUUUUAUAUAAAACUAUCAAUAAAAGAAGGCGAACCAAUUCAUUUGA